GCUGAGGGUCAGAAGAUGAACACCUCCUCCUGCUGGGACCCUCCAUUCAUCAUGUAUCAGCAGAGCUCAGGGUCCGACUUCAACGCCAGCUGUGAUACACUGGCACCACACUGUAACUGGAUGUCGGUGGACAGGGCCCCUCAGCUGCCCACCUUUUCCACGGCAGCAAAAGUCCGAGUGAUCAUCACCUUUAUCCUGUGCGGCGUCUCCACCCUCUGCAAUCUGGCUGUGCUCUGGGCUGCCAACAGCCACAAGCGAAAGUCCCACGUCCGUGUGCUGAUAAUCAACCUGACCACGGCAGACCUGUUGGUUACCUUCAUCGUGAUGCCCGUGGACGCAGCGUGGAACAUCACGGUCCAGUGGCUGGCUGGAGACCUGGCCUGCAGAGUCCUGAUGUUCCUCAAGCUGCUGGCCAUGUACUCCUGUGCCUUUGUGACAGUGGUGAUAAGUCUGGACCGACAGUCGGCCAUCCUCAACCCUCUGACCAUCAGCAUGGCCCCAAGAAGGAACAGGAUGAUGCUGAUGGUGGCGUGGAUCAUGAGCGCCUUGCUCUCAGUCCCACAGAUGUUCAUUUUUCACAACGUGACCAUUACAUAUCCAGCAAACUUCACUCAGUGCACAACCAGGGGAAGCUUCGACACCCGCUGGCAAGAAACGGCCUACAACAUGUUCACAUUCUGCUGCCUCUUCCUGCUGCCACUGGCCAUCAUGAUCAUCUGUUACACCAGGAUCUUCAUCCAGAUCUCCAAGCGCAUGACAAAUAGAAGCCCGUCCUCAGAAGAACCACAUCUCCGAUGCUCAAAGAACAACAUCCCAAAAGCUCGGAUGAGAACUCUGAAAAUGAGCAUUGUCAUCGUGAUCUCCUUCAUAGUGUGCUGGACUCCGUACUACCUGUUGGGUCUGUGGUACUGGUUCUUUCCUGACGAUCUGGAAGGAAAAGUCUCCCACUCCCUCACCCACAUUCUGUUUAUUUUUGGGCUUUUCAACACCUGCCUGGAUCCGGUUAUUUACGGCCUGUUCACAAUCCCUUUCCAGCAGGGGCUGAGGAAGUGCUACCGCAAAGCAAUGGUGACGUCUGGCCAGGACAUCAACAUGGUGAUGGCUGAGUCCCUCAAGUCCUCAGCUUUACCCUGUGAGGACGAGAUGAUUGUGGGUGGAAAGGACAAAAACUGUGGCUGUGCUGAACUAAAACUCACCGAGAGCAGCCUCUGACUGUUCAGACACGGAGGAGGAGCGCAGGUGUUCUUUCAGCACGGAAAACACAUUUUUGUGCGGAAGAAUGG